AUGCGAUCCCGGUCUCUGCGGCAUAUGUGGUGCCUGCCCAGCAUGCUGCGACAAGUGUUGGAAGAAUUAGGAAUCGACUCUGUUAACGGGAUAGCGACCUCCUGUAGGGGCUCUGAUUAUGGAUUUCGGUAUGGGGUUGUUUACUUUUGCUUUAAGGAUUUGAAUUCAGAAAUCAUAGAAAGCGGGGAACAGCUUCUACAAAGAGACAUGGAAGCUUUUCUUUGA